AUGGAUACUACAUUGGAUACAGCUAUGGACUGUUCAGAAAUUAUUGACCCAGGCUUCAACCAUUCAAUUACACCUUUACAAAAAAUGUUUGCUGCUUGUAGUGGGGCUUUAUUAACUUCACUUGUUAUAAAGACCAGAUUACAAUCACAAAGUAUUUCCAAUAAUAAUACUUUCUUAUUUUCAAAUAUCAAACCAUCAGCAUCAACAUCAUAUUCAUCAAUAUCAUCGCCAUUGCCAUCACGUUGUCAGCAAAGUUUAUUUUUUUCAGCAAGAAAUUUAAAACAAAAAUUUUUUUGUCAAUUAGAACCAAAUUUAUCAUCCAAUCUAUGUUGUAUAGUUUCAAAUGCAACAGCAACUCUACCAUCUUCUGCUCAGAGAGAAGUAGUAACAAAAUAUCGCCAACUUAAUGGAAUAACGGAUGGUAUUGUUAAAAUUGUUCGUUAUGAAGGGAUUACAUCUUUAUGGCGAGGUCUAUCACCAUCAUUAGUAAUGUCUGUACCAGUAACAAUGAUAUACUUUAUAGGUUAUGAUCAUUUAAGAGACAAGUUAUGGGCAAAUUGGAAAGGAAAAUAUUCUGAAACUUAUUCACCAUUAAUUGCAGGAGCUACAGCAAGAACUAUUGCUGUUUCAAUAAUAUCUCCAUUAGAAUUGUUUCGAACUAGAUUGCAAGGACCUGAAGGUAUAAAUGGUUUGAGAGGAGUAUUGAAUGGUGUACAAACAAUGGUUGCCAAUAAUGGUAUUUCAUCAUUAUGGCGUGGUCUGGAACCUACAUUAUGGAGAGAUGUACCAUUUUCAGCAAUUUAUUGGGCUAGUUAUGAAUUCAUUAAAAAAAAUAUAAAAAAUUAUUUACAUGAAAAUAACCUUGAUGAAAAAGUCAAUAACGUUGAAAUUACAUUUUUGAGCGGUGCUACUUCUGGUGGUUUUGCAGCAUUGGUUACUACACCUUUUGAUGUAGCUAAAACUAGGCGACAAGUUUCACUAAAUCAAUUGGGAAGUAAUAAUAGCAUGUUAAAUGUCAUGAAGAUGAUUAUUCAAGACGGAGGAUAUAAAGAAUUAUUUAGAGGUGGCACACUUCGGAUAACAAAAAUUGCAGUUAGUUGUGCACUUAUGAUUUCAACAUAUGAAACAUUGUCAAAGAUGACCUAA